UCCCCGGUCCCUGAACUCCGUCGGAGUUGGGUGGGUCUCGGCGGCUGCGGAGACCGUGACAGUGACGGGGGAAGCGAUGGCCAUGGCGAUGUCGGACAGCGGGGCAAGCCGCCUGCGGCGGCAGCUGGAGUCGAGCGGUUUCGAGGCGCGGCUGUACGUGAAGCAGCUGUCGCAGCAGUCGGACGGGGACCGGGACCUGCAGGAGCACCGGCAGCGGAUCCAGGCGCUGGCCGAGGAAACGGCGCAGAACCUGAAGCGCAAUGUGUACCAGAACUACCGGCAGUUCAUCGAGACGGCGCGCGAGAUCUCCUACCUGGAGAGCGAGAUGUACCAGCUCAGCCACCUGCUCACGGAGCAGAAGAGCAGCCUCGAGAGCAUCCCGCUCACCCUGCUCCCCGCCGCCGCCGCCGCCGCGGGAGCCGCCGCCGCCGGGGCCGAAGAAGGCGGCGCCGGCGGACCCGGAGGCCGAGACCACCUCCGCGGCCCCGCCGGCUUCUUCCCCGGCCACGGGGGCGCCGCCCGGGACAGCCAGAGUGCGGGCGAGGAGGGCAAGCAGCGCACGCUGACCACCUUGCUGGAGAAAGUGGAGGGCUGCAGGCACCUGCUGGAGACCCCCGGGCAGUACCUGGUCUACAACGGAGACCUGGUGGAGUAUGAGGCGGACCACAUGGCUCAGCUGCAGCGGGUGCAUGGUUUUCUCAUGAACGACUGCCUGCUGGUGGCCACUUGGCUGCCCCAGCGCAGGGGGAUGUAUCGCUACAAUGCCCUGUACCCCCUGGACCGACUGGCGGUGGUGAAUGUCAAGGAUAACCCGCCCAUGAAGGACAUGUUCAAGCUGCUGAUGUUCCCCGAGAGCCGCAUCUUUCAGGCGGAGAAUGCCAAGAUCAAAAGGGAGUGGCUGGAAGUGCUGGAGGAAACCAAAAGGGCUCUCAGUGAAAAGAGACGGAGGGAACAGGAGGAGGCGGCAGCUCCGCGGGGCCCACCCCAUGUUUCUUCCCAGGCCACAAACCCGUUUGAGGAUGAUGAAGAAGAGGAGGAGCCUACUUCUCCGGAGGUUGAGGAGAAAGUGGACUUAUCAAUGGAAUGGAUCCAGGAGUUGCCGGAGGACCUGGAUGUCUGUAUUGCCCAGAGGGACUUUGAAGGGGCAGUGGACUUGUUGGAUAAAUUAAACCACUAUCUGGAGGGCAAGCCGUGCCCACCUCCUGUAAAGGAACUGAAGGCCAAAGUGGAUGAGCGAGUCAGGCAACUCACUGAAGUGCUAGUCUUUGAACUUUCCCCGGAUCGCUCUCUAAGAGGUGGCCCUAAAGCCACUCGAAGGGCAGUUUCUCAGUUAAUACGACUUGGCCAAUGUACCAAGGCUUGUGAACUGUUUUUGAGAAAUAGGGCAGCAGCUGUGCAUACUGCCAUUAGACAGCUUCGAAUUGAAGGUGCCACUUUACUCUAUAUUCAUAAGUUAUGUCAUGUGUUCUUCACCAGCCUCCUUGAGACUGCUAGGGAGUUUGAAACCGAUUUUGCAGGCACCAACAGUGGUUGCUACUCUGCCUUUAUUGUUUGGGCCCGUUCAGCCAUGGGCAUGUUUGUGGAUGCUUUUAGCAAGCAGGUAUUUGACAGCAAAGAGAGCUUGUCUACAGCAGCUGAGUGUGUAAAGGUGGCUAAGGAACAUUGCCAGCAAUUGGGUGAUAUUGGGUUAGACCUUACUUUCAUCAUCCAUGCUCUCUUGGUAAAGGACAUCCAAGGGGCUUUGCACAGUUAUAAAGAAAUCAUAAUUGAGGCCACUAAGCACCGAAACUCUGAGGAAAUGUGGAGGAGGAUGAACUUGAUGACUCCAGAGGCCUUGGGGAAACUCAAAGAAGAGAUGAAAAGCUGUGGGGUGAGCAAUUUUGAACAGUACACGGGGGAUGACUGCUGGGUGAACCUAAGCUACACAGUAGUGGCCUUCACUAAACAAACUAUGGGCUUCUUGGAAGAAGCUCUGAAGUUGUAUUUUCCAGAGCUGCAUAUGGUGCUUCUAGAGAGUCUGGUGGAAAUAAUUUUGGUUGCAGUUCAACAUGUGGAUUACAGUCUCCGAUGUGAACAAGACCCAGAAAAGAAAGCCUUUAUCAGACAAAAUGCUUCCUUUCUAUAUGAAACAGUGCUCCCUGUGGUGGAGAAGAGGUUUGAACAAGGUGUAGGGAAACCUGCCAAGCAACUCCAAGACUUGAGGAAUGCAUCUAGACUUAUUCGAGUAAAUCCUGAAAGUACAACCUCAGUGGUCUGAUACAUGGCACUUGUAUUUUUUUUUCCCAGAGAGGUCUGUUUGUCUAUGUACAGCAUUACUCGUAUAUUAUUUAUAUAACACAUUAAAAUCUUUAUAUCCCAAAACAUAGUUUAAAAAAUAAAAGUGGAAAAGGUCAUCUCUUGUGUAAGAGUUCAAGAUGAGAAUGUGAAGAAUGAAAAAAUGGUGAAAUUUUAUCAAAGGAGUAAAAAACCAUUAAGAUAAUUUGAACUCAACUAAUAUAUUCUUUAAUUCCCCCAAUUCCUUAUAGAUUGUUGGUCAUGCCACAGUACUAUAUUUCAUGAUCCUAGGGGCCAAAUCACAUUUAUUGUAUUAUUAGUGGUGUGUAUUUAUGCAGCACAGAGAAAUAUCUAUAAUUACAUGCAAAUCAAACAUAACACUUUAUUUCCAAGUUCUGUAAGUCACUAAAUUACCAGAAGAAUAUUCUGUGUAUCUUCAAAGGUAUAGUGCCAUAUAAAACAACUCUUAAUCUAAUAUGCUUCCCUUUAAAAAAAAAUGUGAUUUAGCUAUGUGCAUAGAGUCAAAAAUAUUAGCAAAUUUAACCUUAGGGCAAGUUUCAGGCAAAAAUGUUCAAGAAAAUGGUUUAGUUUGUGAAACUCUAAGAAUAUGCCAAUUGCUUUAAUGUAUUAGAAGGAAAAGAGUUAAUAAAAAUAAAUAGUGCAGUUAAUUUUGUUAACACAUUUUGAAGAAAUGUAAUUACAUUUAUUUGGUUUCUAUCUUUUAAAAAUCGGCUUUGGAAAAAAAUGCUUGGAAAAUCUAAGUGCAAUGACAGUCAUUUGUUUCUUGUUAUUCUUGAAUUUUAUUAAUUUUUAUUUCAUUUUCUUUGUGACAUAACAGUGUGAGGAAUAUUUAACACCAUUAGCUGCUUCACAGUUCCACUUUUGGAUUACAUACUAUCAAACUGCAGGUGGGGAAAAGGAUCUUCUUAAUGAGGAAUCAGACCUCUUAAUGAGGUAUUAGAAGAAUGAUUAGAAUGUUAUUUCUUAAACAAAAGUAUCCUGCUGCAUUUUACUGAUACUGAUUUCAAGAAAGUUGCAUUUGAAUGUUGUAGAAACCACUGCUAAGACUUAUUCUUGGUUCAUCUUUAAAAUGAAUGUAAUGCUUCAACUUAGUUAAAUACCAAGUGCUUUUAAAGAGUCUUGGGCUUCCCAGGACCAUUUCUGCUCAUUAUUUCAGUUAUCUGAUGAAUAAAUAAAAGUCCUUAUCCUCUGCCUCCUUUUGUGCCACUCCACCAUGAUUGCACAGGAAGCAGAAAGGGGCCGCACAGGACCAAGGGCCAUUUAAAAUGUUUUCUUUGAUUGCUGAGUUUCUGUGGCCAAAUGAUUUGUCACCUUGUAACCCAUCAUUCUGUCCUUAGACAACAUAUGUAGUCGGUCUUGGGGACUCAAUCUGGUAGAACCUUCCAGAGUGUAUACUUUGUUGGCUUAGCCUUUGAGAACCCAGGAUGUUCCGUGCCAUGAGGGAGUAUUGAAAUACUGCCCCCUAUUCUUUCCUUGGCUCCUAGUUGUAAUUUCUGUCACAGGAGCCAUUUUUGAUGGUGUCUUCUCUGUUAUUUAGAAGUUGGCAUAAUCUGAAAAUUAUAUAUAAUUGUAGAUGGAUUCCCAGUAGCCAAGGUUUCAUGACUUAAUUAUGAGUACACUAAAGUAGCUAUGUUUAAAAUGUCGAAAGGUACCAAAAUUUCAGAUUUAUUUGGCUAGUUUCUUACAAAUCCUCGGGGUUAUUUUGAUUGGAAGAAACUCAGAUAUGUCAGGUAGGCAGAGACAAUUAAAAUGCACCUUGGUUAAUGCUAUUGAAAGAUUAAAUUUCAAAAAGUUGAGGGGAGGGGCAGUAUUAGAAUUUUUAUGUGCCAUUUAAUGUCUUUAAAAUCUUGUGGAAUCAAAAAAUCUGUAAAUAUAUGGUCUAGGAUAUGUAAAAUGCUGGCAAAUUUAAGGUUUUUUUAAUUUAAAAAUAAGGCAUUAAGUAAUGAAAAUUUUGAAAACGUACACACAUCUUAUUAAUGUUUACUUUGAAUAGGCUGCUUUUUAAAAACUAGAGUCUUUGGGAAUUUUCUGUACAUUGUGCUGCUUUACCAUAGUUGUAGAAUUAUGGUUUCGGUGGGUGUUUUAGAGUAAUCAAAUGAUUAAAGCUUGCCAAAGUCAGGGUGGCCUUUUUGCCAAGUUGGAACAAUUUGUGUCGCAUUAUUAGAAGUGGGUUAACUUUAGGUCCCAGAGUGGUGCAGUCUGAUUUUUUUCUUUACUGUUAAGUUCCAAAGUAGGUCCUAAAAACUGAAUGUAGUUAGGAAUUACUUUGAAAUGGAAUGUAGAUUGUAAUAUUAAGCUUGAGUUGAUUGCCUUUCCUACUUCUGGAGGAGUGGAGAACACAGAUGAUUUAAAUAAUUGCUCUUCAGAAAAACUCUGUGGAACUCAGGCUUGUUACUUGUUCAAAGCCCCAUUUUGCAUAACUUCCACCAACUCAAACCUAUUUUUGUUUAAAAUACUAUCUAUCAUAGUUAAUCUAAGCAUAUUGGCAUUUUAUAAUUGAAAAUUUGGGGCAUAAAUGAUAGUGUUGUAUAAAGUAAAUACACAUUUUGCGUAUUGGCAUUGCUGUGGUGUGAAUGGACAUUCGAAACUUAAAAAAAAAUAAAACCUCAAAGUUUCUUACACUGGACAAAA